AGAGUUCAUCAUCAGCUUCUCCAGACCAAGAAGCACCAAGGUCCUUCACUCACACGCAGACCUCGAUCCUCAGAAGGAAGGUGGUACCAGUGCUGUUUCUUCCAUGGAUAUGGUAGUGAGUGCUAGCGCAGUUGAAGAAGAGAAAGGGAGAACAAGCGUACAAACUGCGGAGACUUUGCUCCGCCUCUUCCCCAUGGUCCUCUGUGUCACUGCACUAGUGAUAAUGCUCAAGGAUUCCCAAACUAGUGAUUUUGGCUCCAUCUCUUCCCUUGAUCUUGGAGCCUUCAAGUAUUUGGUGUAUGCGAAUGGAAUCUGCGCCGGUUAUUCUCUUCUUUCAGCUUUCUACACCGCAGUUCCUCGAUCCUCCACCAUGUCUCGGGCUUGGACUGUCUUCUUCUUCGACCAGAUACUGACAUAUAUGAUCCUUGCGGCUGGGACAGUAUCAGCAGAGAUGCUGUACUUGGCCUACAAGGGAGAUGAAGCAAUAACUUGGAGUGAAGCAUGUGGGUCUUUCAGUGGGUUCUGCAGAAAAGCCACAACUUCAGUGAUCAUCACCUUUGCUGCAGUUGCUUGUUAUGCAGGUCUUUCUUUCAUCUCCUCAUAUCGUCUCUUUAGCAGGUAUGAUCCUCCUGUUAGCCAUCUUUCUGACAAAGGGGUUGAGAGUGCAGUAUCUCAAGGCUGAUAGUUGGAGAAGUGCAGUGUUUCAAGUCCUGAUUGUUAAGAGUUCAACUCUACUUUUACAUGUUAUUACCAGCAUUUGAACCAUGAAAUCUUCUUAAAGUUUUAUUUGUAAUAAUAUUUUUCUUAUUUUCUAUUA